CGAGUUCAACCUGUCGCUGUCCUGUAAGGUCGCUGAGAGAAGAAGAACCCUCCCCUGACAACCAUGGCUCCACACCCAGUGGUCCAGGCGGUCAUUGACCUCUCUUCAGGAGCCAUAGGGGGAGCUGCAUGUGUCUUCAGUGGGCAGCCACUGGACACAGCAAAGGUCAAGAUGCAGACCUUUCCUACGCUUUACCGGGGAUUCAUCCACUGCAUCGUGUCCACCUACAAACAAGUGGGUCUGCGUGGUCUCUACCAGGGCACCACCCCGGCGCUGAUGGCCAAUAUCGCUGAGAACUCGGUGCUCUUCAUGAGCUACGGCUUCUGCCAGCAGGUCAUCCGCUUCACGGCCGGACUGCACAGUGACGCUGUGCUGAGCGACAUGCAGAAAGCCUGUGCCGGCUCAGUAGCGUCCAUCUUCUCCUCGCUGGUGCUCUGCCCCACCGAGCUUGUCAAGUGUCGACUGCAGGCCAUGUAUGAAAUGGAGGCAUCAGGCAAGAUCGCAAAGAGCCAGAACUCGGUGUGGUCGGUGGUGAAAUCCAUCAUGAGGAACGAGGGAAUGGUGGGCUUCUUCCAGGGUCUGACCACCACCAUAGCCAGAGAGGUCCCCGGUUACUUCUGCUUCUUCGGUGCCUACGAGCUCUGCCGCACAGCCUUCGCAGACUACAUGAAAUGUGACAAGGAUGACAUAGGUGUGGCUCCGAUCGUGUUCAGCGGUGGUUUCGGAGGGGCCUGUCUCUGGCUGGUGGUCUACCCCAUGGAUUGUGUCAAGUCUCGGAUCCAGGUCAUGUCUAUGACGGGCAAACAGGCGGGGUUUUUCAAAACCUUCAUGACCAUCGGUCGGACUGAAGGUGUGAGGGCGCUCUACUCCGGGCUCACCCCCACCAUGGUGCGCACCUUCCCCGCCAACGGAGCGCUGUUCCUGGGUUACGAAGUCAGCCGCAAGCUCAUGAUGAAGCAGUUUGACGGCUAAACAGAUCUGACUUUAACACUCCGAAAAAGCUGUCGCCAACAUGCAGCGUAUGAGAAACGGUACCGAGCAACCUCUUUAUGACGAACACUCCAGUUUAUUGUUUUAUGUCUACCUCAACAAAGUCAUACAAACAUUUCUAUAUCUGCCAGGUGACGAGUUACAUGAACAACAGAAACACUCUGUUGUGUCGCAAGGUUCUCUUUAAUGCACAAACUGCUCAGCGCGUAAAGAUUUAAUGCAAAAAAGUCAAGUGGCGUAUACGAGCUCAUUGAAGUUACCUAAAACGUGUUGUAACGAUAGCCUUCUACAAUAUGGAAUCACUCACUGGUGGGUUUAAGAUCACACCUCAGUUUUGUUUUUUUUGGUAACAAAACACGCAGUUCUGUCAAUAAAAAGACAAAUAUGCUCAAACAUUUGCUGACUUUUCAGACACUAGUCUGACAGGCUUCAAAACAAACGUCAAAGCCAGCCUGCUUUACGCCUGAUUUGUCCUCAUGCUCAUUGUUUUUGAGUUGACACCUUAUCUUCCACUCCUGUUGUGACUCCUUUGGGACCCAGCAUUUGCCUUGUUUUUUUUAAAAUACCUACCACUUUAGUUGUGUAAACUUUUAUUUCUAUGUCAAUGAAAAAAACAUCAGUUGCCUCAUCAUGUGCCAUUUACACUCCAUGGAGACACUCCAGUACUUCAUCAUUCAUUUAUUCAGAAAUGUAGGUAUUUUAAAAGUGUUGAGUUUGAGAUUAGCAUUAAGUAUUUAUAUAGAUAUCAAUCCUGAUAUUCAUUGUACUAAUACGACCUUCAUUAAAGGUGUCGGUGAAGAA